AAGAGCAGACACUACCUUAAAUUUAAGCGAAGAAGAGCAGACACUACCUUAAAUUUAAGCGAAGAAGAGAAGACACUACCUUGAAUUAUAGGGGAAGAAGAAGGAAAAUGAGUGUGCGCUGCUUCCGCCUGAGUUAAUUUGAUUUUGCUUGCAAAUGUGCACGACGACUCUGGACUGCUCUGUGUUGGGUUUAUGUGUAGAUGUCUUUUAGCGAUAGGAGAAAUAUGUAAAACGCACCUUGGGAGAAACCUAUUUAUUUUAUUAUUUGUUCCAUCGUUCUCUACUGAGACCUCUUGAGGAUACCAAAGGGGGGGGGGGACCAAGAUCAUACCAACAAUAUGGCAUUUCGACAUGCUCACAAAACAAUUAGAGAGGCAUACGAAGAGCGCUUCUCAGCAAACGAUGCAAGACAGGUGACAGUUCAUCGUGUCGUCAAUAUAGUCGAUAAGAGGAGCCCUUCGCCUCGGGUGGGGUUGGAUUAUGACAGAGGUUUUCAUAAUGACCAGUGGUAUGGUGGUCCACGAAAUUACCAUGAUGCACGAGAAUUCUAUGUUGACGGAAAUUACCCACCCGAUAAUUGUCGAUACUUUGAUGAAAACCCAGACUUAGGCAACUUUCACAGAAGUUCCUCACCCUCACAAAAUGACAGCCUGAGUUAUGGCAGAGAAGAUUUGAGGCAUCACUUAAACCAAAGGAAAAAUGUCAGACCUGGUCCCUAUUUCCGCAACAGAGGUCGAGAGUUCGGCCCUCAUCGAAGAGAAGACCGUGAUGACUACAAGAUCUCUACCCCCAUCGUCAUCAAGCGGGACCGCUCUCCUGGAAGGAGGGAAGUCCAGCCAACUGGGCACUCUGGGUCAAACUCCAGCAGCAGAAGCUUCUCUCCUGACAGGGACAAAGGCUACUCCUACCAGCAGUCUCUGCAGAGGCAGAAGUCCAAUGUACUGACGAGCCAUGGCUCCAGCAGCUCUGCGGAGGGCUCUGCGGAGCCUCACAGCUCAGGGUCUUCAGAGGACAAAACUUCUGCAUCUGUAGCAGAGCUGGAGGAGGUGGCGGCUACCAGCAUGGAGCCAAAGCCAGUACCAGAGGUGGACUUCAAUGCUCGUCGGUUGGAGGCCAUUAAGGCGAAAGCUCUGGACAUCGAGAAGCAUUACAGGCAGGACUGUGAGACAUUUCGCACAGUGGUGAAGAUGUUGGUGGCCAAGGAGCCCAGUUUGGAGAAUUUGCUGCAGGCCCCACUGGAUGAAAAUCUGUCGGAGCUCAAACAUCACUGCCUAGAUGCCCUUAGGCACUUUGUGAAGGAGCUGGACGAGGUAUUAGAGCAGCCGGACACCUCAGUGAAAGGCACACAUCACAAAACACUUGAGUGAUCAUAUGGAGACUUGAAAGCUUAUUUUUGAAAUAAAAAGAAAAUGAAAAUUUGCCAUAUGGAA